GUUUCCCGGAUGGAGUAGCGACGCCAUCUUUACGCCAGUGCCACCGGUGGGUCUUCGAUUCAGCGGAGCGACGGUGCUGUUGCUGAUCCACCACCAGGAAUCGCCGAGCAGCCGUUAAUCUUCCCUUUCCACCGGGACGCUACGAACAGCCCCAACACCCGAGCACCAUGGCAGACAGGGAGAACUUAGUAUACCAGGCAAAACUCGCCGAACAAGCGGAGAGAUACGACGAAAUGGUGGAGUCGAUGAAGAAAGUGGCCAGCAUGGACGUGGAGCUGACGGUGGAGGAGAGGAACCUGCUGUCAGUAGCGUAUAAGAACGUGAUCGGAGCCAGAAGAGCCUCCUGGAGGAUAAUCAGCAGCCUCGAACAGAAAGAAGAAAACAAAGGCGGAGAAGACAAACUAAAGAUGAUCCGGGAAUACAGAAAAACGGUUGAGAAGGAGCUGAAAUCAAUCUGCAACGACAUUCUGGAUGUACUGGACAAGCACCUCAUCUUAGCUGCAACCACGGGAGAAUCUAAGGUUUUCUACUACAAAAUGAAGGGAGAUUACCACAGGUACCUGGCAGAGUUUGCCACAGGCAACGACAGGAAGGAGGCAGCAGAGAACAGUUUGGUAGCGUACAAAGCCGCUAGCGACAUCGCUAUGAUCGAACUCCCUCCAACGCACCCCAUUCGUCUGGGAUUGGCUCUUAACUUUUCAGUUUUCUAUUAUGAAAUCCUCAACUCACCAGACCGUGCUUGCAGGCUGGCGAAGGAAGCGUUUGACAAUGCCAUUGCAGAACUGGAUACGCUGAGCGAGGAGAGCUAUAAGGACUCAACACUUAUCAUGCAGUUGCUACGUGACAACUUGACACUAUGGACCUCAGACGUGCAGGGAGACGGUGAAGAACAGAACAAAGAAGCACUGCAAGAUGCGGAGGACGAGGCCCAGUGAGACUGAACAACACAAGACAAGCCCUCCUCCUCCUCCUCUUCCUCCUCUUCCCUUACUUCUCUCCUCCCAGCACUAGCUCCUGUCCCCAGCCACAGUUUUCAACUGGGUUUAUACUGCAGCCCACACUCUUUCUCUACCUUUUCCUCCAUUUCUACCCAUCUGUCUCACCUUUUCUCCUCGUAUGCACGUCAUUUCCCAACCCCCCUCAGGGCCGCUAGGGUCUUCAUUUCCACUCCCCAGGGGUUUUACCUUCUUUUUUGAUGAUGACUCCUUUUGCAAGUCUGUACCCUUUAAGGUUCAUGUCCUCUUUUACUGUUUUUAUUUUGCUUUACUUUGCUGUAUCAUCUGUUGCCAAGUACGCUUGCCUGUAUCUGUAACACACAUAUGCAAGAGUUUAUUUAAAGACAAUACUUUGCUGUUCAACCUUUUUUCCUGUAUAUGUGUGUUUAUGAACAAUACAUUGUCCAUGCUUCUGUCAGUCAGUUUUGAAACUUUUCAGUUUGCAAAUUGAGGAAAUUAAGUGGUGAUGGAAGGUUUAAAAGGGAUGUGUUAAAGCUUUUAGAAAGAACUAAGUGCCCUGUUUACUUUGUGGUUACCAAACCUGCUCCUUCAACACAUCAAUAGAUCUUUUUUUUUAAUGACAAACAGCAGAAUGUCCCCCUUCUCCAAGCAUCACUCUGACCUCUAUUCUUGUCCACUCUCGGACCAAGUAUUGUGCUGCGAGGCUGUAGCGCUUUUGCUAAUGGCAGAUAGUUAGGUAAUGGCUUUUUAGCAGACAAAAUGUUCGUAUGUGUGUGCGUGGGAGGGGAAUGCUCAACACUCUUGAUUGUAAUGUAAUGCAGUUUUGCAUUGGCACUAUAUAUAAAAAAAAAGUUUGGGAAAUAGAGGCCUGCUGUAUCUUUACUCCCCUGACUCUUCCAGGUUUCCUCGUCUCAACUCUUGUCUCUUUCCUCUCAUUUUCCUCUCUUCCUUCUGUUCAGUGUGUAACGUGAAUCUGAUUUGUACUACUGGAUAUUCUCACCGGAGCCACAAGUACCAUCUGUAUUCUUACUGAAACACAGCAUGGAAUUAACAUUAAACUUCAAAUUGAAAAAUGUAAAAACAA